ACAGGCCAGAUCCCGCAAAGUCUCAGCAUGUCCCACAGGGCAUCUUGAUCAACUGAAUUGAACACUUUACAGGAAUCAACAAAGGCUGUAAAGAAACUCUGCUGAUAUUCACACUUGCGUUCAAUGAGAACCCUCAGUGCCAAGAUGCGGUCGAUGGUAGACCUCUUAGACAUAAACCAGACUGCUCCAGUUGCUGGGAGAAGAGCAAGUAGUCAUGGAUCCUAUUGAGGAUGACCCUAACCUGCUGGUUAACAUUCUAAGGCAUAAUUUUACAAUUUUAAAGUUCUAAAAUUAUUUUGUUUCCGAUCAGCUCAAUUUUAAACUUGUCAAAUUAUUUAGUACCACUUCACAAUAAGGCUUCCUUCAUCAAUAAAAAGAAAACUGUGUUAUAACUUGUUUAAAAUUGUCUAGUAAUAAUUCUCAAAUAAUAAAAUGAAAAAAUAAUCAAAUUAAAAUAAUGAAUUGUUACAACCUAAUUAAUAACCAGAUUAUAAACCAUUCAUAAACCCUUCAUAUGGGGAGCCUUAUUAUGAAGUGGCAGCAGUUAUUUUGUUUCUCACCAGCACUGCAGCUAAGCGUCCCAGUGGGAAUUCUCCCGACUCUCCCGAUUUUCCACUGCAGGCCUGCUUGUGGUGAAUAUUCCACCAUCACCUGUGGAGGAUUAUUUCGCCAUCAUGAUGAAGCAGGUUUUCACUCAUUGAUUUCCUCCAGGGGGCAGUAUGAUCCUUGAGAUCAGGCAUAAUAAGAGAGACAGGAAGAGAUAGAGAGAGAGAGAGAGAGAGAGAGAGAGAGAGGUGGGGAAUACAAGCCAGUGCAUGCAGAGGAGGUGAAAGAGGAGGGAGGGAGAGCAAUACUAAGGAUGUGACUGGGAGGUCCAGCAGGAAGACAGAGAGAUCUUGUGGGAGACAUUGAGAGAAGUUUGGAAACAGCAGGGAAACAUCAAGGAGGCUCCUCUGACUGAUUAGGUGACCUUCAGGCAAGCAUGAGAAACCUUAUAGUCGCCGUCUGCCUCCUUUCAGGUGAGUUCAGUCUGACUCCAGUAUACUGAGCAGAGUAUACAGAGUAUAUAUUCACUAGAUAAUACUUCCUGUGUCAGUGUGGUUAUAAGGCUUAUAUGUACAUAGCAUGUGAGGCAACUGAUUCUCUCUCUUGUUUUUUGCAUUUAUGUGUCACAGCUGUAUGCUGGAUGGUGUCAGGUGUGAUCAGAAUGUCUGGAUAUGAAGGACAUCAGGUCAGAAUCAGAUGUUCUCACAGUAAUGCAGGAAGCAACAGGAAGUAUUUCUGUAGGGGGCAUUGUUCUUCUAAAGACAUUCUCGUUAAGACUAAUGGAGGUCAGACAUACCAGCAAAGGGAGAGGUUCUCCCUGCAUGAUCAUAGAUCCGGAACCUUCACUGUAACCAUCACUGGACUGAGGAAGACCGACACUGGGACAUACUGGUGUGGAGUAGAGCGAGCAGGCGCUGACACCUACACAGAGGUGCACCUCACAGUGACAGAAGAUUGUCUCUUUCUCAAUACAGCCUCCUCUAGAGCCUCCAGGGCCCCCCAGCUGCCGUCGCGUGUCCCUGCCACCUCUGCCAACCCCCAGGAGGAAGCAGACCCCCCCAGGACUUCCGGGCCUCUUCCCCAGCACUCCUCAGGUGUUCCCAGGCAGUUCCAAGGUCAUAGUACUGCAGAAACACUGAUGCCCCUCCAGAAUGGUGUUAAAUUUACACAUUAUGUGACCUUCAUCACUGCAGCAGUGAGUGGCACCGUACUGCUGUUCGCACUAUCUGUGCUGAUAAUCUACAAACAGAGGAAGGCCGUCUCAAAAAAUUCACCAGAAGCUACCUUCACAAGCACUGUCAACACAGAAUAUGGAGACUCAAGAAACAACAGAAGGGCCGAGCGAAACAACGGGAUGUCUGUGAAUGAGCCUGAUGCAGAUACUUUUCUCACUUCUGACUUAAGUUCCCCAGAGAACAAUCACAUCUAUUCAAACAUUCAGUGCAAUCAUCUUCAAACUGAUCCCAUCUACCUAAACUAUAACCUGAUCACCUGACCUCACUGACAUUUUACACACUAAAAUGUAUGCAGCAGUUAUCAACCUGUUACUGAUUUUUGCAAAUUAACCAAGAAAUGUUGAGUAAACAUUUUUUAAGACUCAA